CAGACCGGCUGCCGUCAGCGCUCGCUCGACACUGCCGCGCUGUCUGUGGAGGCAUCCCUCCCUCACUCGCUCUUGUGCCGUCGUAGUGGUUGCCCCCCAGGAUGAAGCUCGUGCGGCGAAGGUUGCCCCGUCGCUUUCCGAUGACCCGAGGCCAUUCCUUGAUCCCGCCUGUGGAGAUACCGUGAUCGCCAGUGGUCGGCGCAUCGCUCAACGAGUGCUGGUGCAUUUUUUUCUGCUUCGUGACGAUCGCCCAACGCACGAGAACCAGAAGCUUGAGAAGUGGGGGGUCUCCCUUGAUUGAGUGCGUCUCAGGAACUUCUUUGUGCCCGGAGAGUUCUGACUGAGGAAUUUUUUUUGUGCCGACCACCCCGGUGAUCCUCUCUGGAGACUACAUUCGGUCACACAUUUGGCUGAACAAGCAGCUUGCCCCCCUCAACAUGUCCUUAACGCUACCACAUUGCAACACUCCUUUAAGGUUUCCUGAGUGUCUCCUAACGAACAAACGAGCACCACCAGGCCGCGACUGCUGUGCACUGUGGCCUCCACAUACUGGCUGCCUUUGAAGGAGGCGACAGCAGCAGCAUGGCGGGCCACCAGGCAAGCUUCUCUGCGAGCCGGUCGGCCCCGGAGGAGGAGCGACCGUCGGUGCGCAUCUCACUGCAACCAUCGCAGAUUGCGCUGCCUACGUAUCGCCACUCAUCCGGGGGCAGCAUAAGCCUCAGCGGUCGACGCUACUCGGGCCUGCUGCCCAUGCUGUUUGACCGGGCGGCACGCUCCUGGUGGGACCCAAGCUUUGACUCGCACAUCCUUGAAGCCCAGUACAAACGGAGUACAUUCCCGCAGCUGUGUCAGCGGUUCCAGUAUGCCCUUUGCUACUGCGUGCUGGCUUCCCUGCUCUACUGCAUCUACUCGGCCAGCAUGGUGCGGCCGCAUUGGGUUGCUGCCGUCGUAGUGUCACUGCUAGUAUCAGUGUUGAGCAUGGCCGCUCUUGUGUUCACCCAGUCACGGUACUAUACUGCCAAUUAUGUCAAGGUUUCACUAGCCACGGUGGUCGUGCUGUGCACGGCAUCUCUUUCAGUGUUUGCGCCGAUCGUACAUGAGCGUAGAGAUGAGAGUGCUGUUCACAUCUUGUCUGUGGGGGCCUUUUCGCUCUGCAUCCUGGUGCUGAUGAUCACGUACGCGUUGCUGCCGAUGCCCCUGUAUUUGGUUGUGGCCGUUUGCAGUGCCUACUCGAUACUUUUUGAGGUCCUCUCGGCGCUGCUUAUUCCCACCCUUACGGGCACCGUUGUUGCUGUGCGUGUACUUCUACAGCUGUGUGUUCAUCUUGUCGGUCUGCACACCCGUGUGAUGACUGAGAUUGGAAUGCGUAACACAUUCUUCAAAGUUGGCCAGUCCCUCAUGGUGCGCCGGGAUCUUGAAGUGGAGAAGCAGCUGAAGGAAAAGAUGAUUCAUUCGGUCAUGCCGCCCAAGGUGGCCGAGUGGCUUAUGACCAACGUGGAAGAGGAUGACACAUCCUCCGAGCAGCCUCGAAAGCCUUCAACCAGCCCCCGGCCCUCACAGAUGAUCUUCCGUCCCUUCAAUAUGCACCGCAUUGAAAAUGUCAGCAUCCUGUUUGCCGACAUUGUUGGCUUCACACAGAUGAGUGCUAACAAGAGUGCCGAGCACUUGGUGGGCCUUCUGAACGACCUUUUUGGGCGCUUUGACUAUCUCUGCAACAAGCUCGGAUGCGAGAAAAUAAGCACUCUUGGCGACUGCUACUACUGUGUCUCUGGAUGUCCCGAGCCUCGUCCCGACCAUGCCCGUUGUUGCGUGGAAAUGGGACUUGCCAUGAUACGUGCCAUUGCUGAAUUUGAUGAGGACACUAAUGAGUCGGUGAACAUGCGUGUCGGUGUUCACACGGGCACCGUGCUAUGUGGCAUCGUGGGCACCAAGCGCUUCAAAUUUGAUGUGUGGUCCAAUGACGUGUCCUAUGCCAACAAGAUGGAGUCUACUGGGCGGCCUGGGAGAGUGCAUGUGUCAGACAGCUCCCACGCAUUCCUCAUAGACCAUUACUAUAUGGAGGAAGGCCCAAUGGACCUUAAUCGCAAGACCUACUUCAUCAGAGGCCGCAAGCCAACAGCAUUUGACAAGGCACAACAGAUGGCAUCACGACACUCCUGGCCCCACACCAUCGGUUUUACUGAAACGGCAAAGACCAUUGACACUCGAAAGGUCAGCUGCCCAGCCCACCAACCUGGUGAUAUUGAAGAAGAAGAAGUUGCUCCCAUGCUGCCCCCUGUACACCGCCACAGCAGCCUCUCAACACUGAACAGCAGCCGCAAAGAUUCUGGCAUUCGGAGCAGGCAGAGCAGCAUUCAGGACACAAUGCCACGGCAAGUUAAGGCGCUGCGCUUUAAUAACAAUGUUCCUGUGUUUGUCAGCAUGUGGCAGGUGAACAUCGUAAAGCUCCUGGACACUCCAACGCCGUUGUAUGCGCAGCGGGCCAGUGGUUACUGCUCAAGCUACACCUCCGUGGCUGACACGGGACGGUCCAGUGGCUCUAGCCUGCGUGGCUACAGCAUAUUCGUGGACCCUGCACUGAUGCUCAAUGAAAGCCUGUCACGGUUGCGCCACCUCCGCAAGCAGUCAGACCUGCAGAUGAUACGCUGCAUCCAACAGGACUCUUGUACCAUGGACUACUUCAUACGGCCACCUGUGAACCCUGUGACCCUCUUUUUCAACGACUCACAGAUGGAGCGAAACUACCGGCAUCGCCUUCACCACCGCGACCUUGCACCAACUAUGGCCUCUGCCUCGUUCACUACUUACUUUGACAUUUUCGUUGCUCUGGGUUUUUAUUUAAUUAUCAUGUUUGCCUGCUUUGUGCUGUUUGAUACACCAGUGUCAUGGCUAUUGUUUUGCCUCUUUGCCACAAGUGUGCACCUCUGCAUUUUCAUGCUGUGCAUCCGUGAAAUCCUGGCUACCCGGGGCCACUGGGUAGCCGACUGUUUGGCGCAAAUCUACCGCUACUGCACCGAGUGGUACCCUUGGCACGUGGUUGGACUUGUGCUGGUCAGCUUUCCCAUUGGUGCCAUAUUUUCAAAUUUCACUUGUGCUGGUGUGCUUUCAACCCCAGAGCGCACCAAUGCGUUCUGCUACGUUGUCUUUGUCUCUCUUCUGCACUUCUGCAACUUCACCCAGCUCAACUUCUGGCUGCGCUCCCUGCUGGCCACAUGCGCAGGUGUAGUUUUAGCUCUCCUCAUAGGCCUGCCAGCUUGCCCGUGCCCGUUGCGCGGUCCCGCACGUAAUGUCUCACACCUUGAGAUCAUUUCUGAUCUGGGCGUAGAGCUGCCAGGUGUCACUUUCCAUCGUGACUCGUACAGCUGCAACCAGUCGGCCAUUUACGAGAUAGUGCUGCACGUUGUGCUCAAUACAAUUCUAGUCUGGCUGCUGAACCGCGAGUUUGAAAUAAGUUACCGGUUGAGCUUUCACGGCAGUGCCAUGGCAGCCCGUGAUGAGCAGCGCAUCCAGUCGAUGAAGAACCAAGCUGACUGGCUCUUGCACAACAUAAUUCCUCGCCACGUUGCCGAGCAACUGAAGAACACUUCCAAGUACUCUGAGAACCAUCGUGAUGCUGGGAUAAUUUUCGCCAGUAUUGUCAACUUUCAUGAGAUGUAUGAUGAGUCAUACGAAGGAGGCAAGGAAUAUCUACGUGUCCUCAAUGAGCUUGUUGGUGACUUUGAUGAGCUGCUUUCAAAGCCACUUUUUCGCAAUGUGACAAAAAUCAAGACAAUCGGGAGCACAUUUAUGGCAGCUUCUGGACUGAACCCCAAGCUGCGCCGUGAAAAUCCGCAUCCUUUCACGCAUCUUUUUGAACUCAUGGACUUUGCAAUCGCCAUGCAACAAGUGAUCGAGAAUUUCAACCAGAACCUUCUUGAGUUUAACUUCGUGAUCCGCAUUGGCUACUGCUACGGGGAUGUCACAGCGGGUGUCAUUGGCACGACCAAGCUCUACUAUGACAUCUGGGGAGACGCUGUCAACACUGCCAGUCGGAUGGAUUCUCACGGAGUUCCUGGGCGUAUACAGAUUCCUGAGCACUGCCUUCAGGUACUGCAGGAGCUGUACGUAUUCGAGUCACGGGGUUCAAUAUACAUAAAGGGGAAGAACAACAUGAAUGUGUACCUUCUUGUGAGGAAGAAAGACAAGGUCUUGUAUAGGAUUCUUCCGUCGACGCAGCGGCCGAGCCUUACUACAACAUCCACUGCAGAUGAAAAAGAGAAAGUCUCUCCUGCGCCUUGAUGAACAAGCAAAAGGGGACGAAGUUAAAAAGGGAGCAAAGAGUGAAGAGGAAUUGCCAGUGUAAUGGUGUGCCUGGCUUAAUGUAAGCCUUUACCCAAAUCAGUUAUCUUGUCAAGCUAAGUGGAUACCGGUGAUUGACAUUUUGGUAAUAUGCAAGCUGCCAUACUGUGGUCAACAAUAGGCAUAUAGUGGGGACACUGAAAGACUUGAUCAAAAUGCCAAGUUUUAUGGAAUGGCAGUGCUUUGAAUGCAUGUGUGUGUGUGUGCAUGCGUGCUUUUAUUGUGUUACUUGUCGUAGUAUACUACAUGAAUGUGUGAACAAUUGUGUGAAUAUAUGUUUCAAACUUACUAAGAACUUCAGCUAACAGACAAAGAAUUAAUGGUGUGCUGAAUCUCACUAAGGAUAGUAAUGUUUGAUGUUUUACUAGAUACUGUAAUUCUUUGAUUUCCACCUUGCGAAGGUCAACUGGCAAAGCUAAGGUGAUGAUGUGUUCAUGAGACUGCAUUCAGCUGAGGUAAAAAAAAACCAAAACAAAUGAACAAAAUUUAGUGUGGGAAUCUAGAAGUGCUUUGGACAGCAAUGUUUUUAUGCAGAAGUCCUUUUUAUGUAUGUGUGUGUGUUACUGUAAGAUUUUAUACUAUGUUGUUCUGUGCAGCUAUAUGGGAGAUUCAUUGAGAUACAUCUUUAGGUAAAUGUGAUCUAUUUUUUGUUGGUUGUCAGUAAUGUUUACUGUUUAUACUCUUGUUUUAAUACUGUGUCAUUUACAUUCAUCGGUUUCCAGGCCUUGCUGCAUGGCCCAUAACUUAUCACUUUAUCCUCAUUAUCCUGGAAACCACUUAUUUCUUCCUCUCAGUUGUUGGCUGUUGUAGUAGGUGCGAAAAGUUGUGCAUUUAAAAAAAAAAAUGUCUUCUUGUUCAUAUAGUGUGUCAUAUCAAAACAACCUUUAACUAAGAGGUUACCGAUACAAAACAUGAGAUGGAACUUGCGUACCAACUUGGACAAAUUGCAGUCAUGAGUAGCUUAUGUGCACAGUUUUGACAGUAGGCUUUAGUUGUUUAUUGGUAUCUAUAUCACGUGGGUCAGGUACUGUUCCUUCUAUUUUACAGCAAAAGCUGUUACGAGAUCACAACAAGGGUUGCAUGCAUCGUAGUUGUUUGCCGCCGGGCUGGCAUCCAUAACCACUGUCGUGCAAAAUAAGAAAAGAAAGAAGAACUGCGUAUAAGUAAACAGAAAAUAUCAAAAACAUAAUGGGAUUCGAACCUUGGUCCCCUGCAUGCCAGCCCUGUAUUCUACCAUCGAACUACGUUUUUUUUUAUUGGCCGAGCUACAUCGGUACUUGGAUCUCCAUUGCAAACUGACCCUAAGCAGGCUUUAUGUUGGGAAAAAAAAUGCAUUAAUGUGUGUAUAUGCGGCUCUAGAAACCCCAAAGGAGAGUUAUGAGUAGAGUUCGUUUAACUUACGGUCAGCGGGCUGACCGUAAGUGAACAUGGCGAAGUCCUUUUGGUGAAACUAAAAAUAAAUUAGAAUCCCAAUAAAAAAGGUUUUAAGGCAGGGAGGCAUAAUUUAUCCUCUGCUAUUUACUACGUGUUUACAGGCAGCUUUUAGGGCUCUAGAUUGGGAAGAGUUAAUGAAGAGUAUCUCAGUAACUUGCAAUUCGCUGAUGGCAUUGCCUUGAUGAGUAACUCAGGGGACAAAUUACAGCUCAUUAUUACUGAAUUGGACACGGAAAGAAGAAAGUAGGUCUGAAAAGUAAUAUGCACGAAAACUAAAGUAAUCU